AUGGUUGUUACAUGUUUUACAUCUAAUGAAAACUGUUUUUUGGAAACUUGCUAUAAGUUUAUGUUUGUUUUAUAUAUAUUAUUUUUGACUGUUAUUGAAUCAGGAAAUGUUGGAAUUGUUGUUUUAAAUGAAUUUGGUUUAAAUUUUCAUGAUAAUAAUAAUGAUUCAUUCUUUAUAUAUUUAUCUGGGACUACGUUAGUGAAUGAUUUUUGGUAUAUAUUGCGGAAUUUGGGAAUUGCAAUUUCUCAAGGAUCUAUUUUUAACAUAGAUUGUGCGACUCAUAUUUCUUGUUUUUAUUAG